GACUCGCGAUUCCCUCUGUCGGGCCGCAGCCGAGGCGCCAGUAUCAGCACUGCAACUGACGACUCCUCUCAAUCCUUGCCUACAGACUCUGACAAUGACGUUCAGCGGAGCCCCCGAGGGACUUCCAAGGGCAAGGAGCGAUUGCGACCUCUCAUACCACCCGGCGAACUCCCGCUCCCGUCGAAGUUUUCGGCCCUCUCGUCGCCUUCUAGCACGAGCACUCUCAGUGCUACGAGUUCAAUCACUCAGGAAGAGAUGUCUCGGCUGCCUUUGAUCUCACCUUCCACGACUCCUCGUUGGAAUGCGCACUUGGUGGGACCUACUGUUUCGUCAGCGCGAAGUCGAAGUGAUAGUCUGACAGAUGGAUCUGGGGGAGGAUAUGCAUCGCCCCAAGAGAAUGCUUUGGCGUAUGACUUUCUGUCAGAUGUCACAAUUGCUGUAGUAGGGGAUUCGGGUUGCGGCAAAUCAGUGGCCAUCUCAAAGGGUCUAAAGUCUUACAGUUUGUCAGAACCAGUGCCAGAGGCUUCGGGGUUGGGUGCUCACCUACUUAUCCCAGAUAUCUCACGUGAAGGGACCUUGGUAUAUGAGCACUUACCUGACCGCUUGCUACGUGUCCUGGAAGUUGACAAUUCAAGCCUUCGAAUCGAUGGGACUGUCUCUGGUCUACCGGUAUGGCCAGAAAAUGCACCGCGUCUCGACGGCGUCAUAGUAUGCUAUGACGUUUCUCAGGAAGCCUCUUUUGCGCAUGUUGAAGAUCUUCUCAAGGGCUUUCGGGACCUCAAAUUACCCACAGUGGUAUUCGCCUGUAAAUGUGACCUUGAGCGCCAUGUCGAAUCGCUUGAAGCUUAUACCCGUCUAAACGAGUACGACGUGGGCCUUAUCGAAGUGACGAUCCACCAAGAAGGUGGAAAGAGCAAUCUCAGGCGGGGCUUCGAUUUUCUCUUGGAAUCAAUCUUCCGUGAACGAAGCCGUCGCCUUGAUAACUAUCAAAAUCCAGCGUCUCCUGAUGUCCUCGUCUCCCCGCCACCUUGGGAGGUAUCACGUUCAGCAACAGCGACUCCCAUUGCUUCUUCCUCAGGUGUCUAUACAUUAAAAUCUGCGCCUUCAAGGUUUUCCCAACCCGCGGCUGGAUCUACAGCCGCCCCGCGAGUACCCGGGACACCAACCUCGCCAACACGGGCUCGUUCAACAAGCGACUUGCUUGCUUCCGAGCACGAGAAAUCUAAAGGACGCGAGUUUGAGCGGGACAGAGCUUUAAGUAUCAUGAGCAUAUCAGCGGGUGGUAGUCUUAGCUCUGGCUCGUUGCAUGCUAGUGCACCGAACGAUGGGCUUAGCAGCGUUGAUGAAGCUGUAGAAGAUCGUGUCGAGGGUAAAAAAAAGGACAACCGUCCUGCUCCAUGGGCUACUCUUGAAGAGCUUCUUGAUAAACUCUUGUUCUUGGCUGUCAGUGGUGAUGACCGCGCGUACAUCUCGCAUUUCCUCCUGACCCACCGCCGAUUCGUCACGCCGCGUAGCGUAAUAUUAGCUAUGCAGAAACGAAUGCGCCAACUAGACCAGACCUCGUCAGAUACCAUGUUCGCUUGCUUUGCCCAGAUGCGAAUUUGCCAUCUUUUGGAAAUCUGGAUUCAAGACUAUCCACAUGAUUUCGCAGUUGGGAACGCAGGCACGGCUCUGAAUGCACUCGUAAAGUCGAUUAUAUCCAAAACCCACCUCCUUCACUACGGAUCCGACUUUCUACCUUUUCUUGAGGGACGACCUAUGGUCGACAAAGAUGCCGAUUGGGCACUGAAGGUUGAGGAAUCACAAGACGAGAGCGACGACUCCUACAACAUGUUUGAGGACGAAGAUGACGGAGCAGCCAGAGUCCAUUCACCUGUUUCUGUUGUGAAAGUUCCAUUACCGAACGACAAACCUCACUCUGGAUUUCCAUCAGCCAGAGAACGCAAACCAAGCUUGCCUCUCAUGGCUAAAGCCCUUGUGAUGACCAACGCCCCGCCUUCUGGGUAUCUUCAUAAUGCUGAGCCGAAAGAACCCAAGUUAAAGCAGACAAUCAAGGAACUCCAAAGGAUCUCGCAGGAGCUUUAUAGUCUCGAUCCGGACCAUGUUGCUCAGGAGAUCACCAGAGUCUCGACUAAACUGUUUCUCCGAAUCGAGCCACGACAUUGGUUGCAUCAUACAAUGGUUUCUGGUCCCAAAGAAGCUGAGACCAAUCCAAUUGCUAUGUUUUCUCAAGUCUCAAAUCACCUGGCUGAUUGGCAAGUAUACCAUCCACAUUCUCUCCUCGCCUCGGUUGUAUCGCUCAUCUUGUGCCAUGAUAAAACGAAGGCGCGCGCACGUCAGGUCGAAAAACUCGUCGAAAUCGCUCAGAAACUGCGCGGCUAUAAUAAUUAUUCGGCCUUGCGCGCGUUCGUGGCUGGUAUCAACAUGGCUACAUACCAGGGCGAUCCAACCAUGGAGCUAUUCCAGCUGAAAGCACCUAGCCUUUCGAAAUCGUUUCAGUCGUGGGACCUGCUAUUUCAAUCCGUUCGAUCACACUCUGCCUAUCGCAUGGCUCUCCGAAAUACCAAAGGCCCUUGUAUUCCUGCUCUCGAGGUUCACCUAUCAGACCUCAUCAAAGCCCACGAAGGGAACCCCGACUUCAAUAAGCACGACCCGACGAAGAUCCAUUGGGCAAAGUUCAGCAUGAUGGGCAAAUUCAUUCUUUCGACCACCCAGUUCCAGGCCCAAUGCAGAACGUCAAACGAUUACAAUUUUACUGCGCGAGAACAUAUCAACGACUUGAUGAUGAGGGAUUGUGUGAUGGAUGCCGAAAUGCAAAAAUCCCGAAUCACUCCUCCACCUGAUCUGGAUGAAAUCGAUGACUCUAUGCGACUUUAUCUACCCCGCACACCGUCUCGCGACAAUAGUGUACCGACGAAGGACACUGCAUUGAUCCGCAAGUUGAUGUUUUGGGGAUCAUGAUUGAGGGAAUUUGCUGGCUUUGGGCUUUCAUGUCCUGCCGUCGGGGGAUAGACCCUUUAUUUCUACCUGCUGCCUUGGAUGAUUCAUCCGGAGGAUACCCAUUUCUUGCAUAUAUCAUCAUCGUAUCGCUACCAUCUUUCACUAACCCAGUUGCUUUAUGAAUUAUCUACGCAUGUACGCCUACGCUUGCUCUGCCCAUUCAUCGAUUGCUUGUCUGGGUGUACUAGAUGUGAGCUAC